AUGGAGGUCGCUGGCCUAGCUUUUGGUGCGUUUGGAGUUAUGCCAUUGGCGAAAGAAUGCCUCCAACUUGCGAGCAAGCAUAUUGGUCCCUCGAAGCAGGACACCACCGAACUCAAGCGUAGGACCUGGAAAGACGAUGAUCACGGCAACGGUAGCCAACCAUCUUUGCAGUUUCUUCUGGUACAUCUCUUCGUGGGUGUUUUGAAGGACGACCUCACCGUCGCAGCUGUCAACAGAGGCUUGGCUGAGAUACAAGAAUGUGCACACAUUGCUCGGUCAAUCCCAAACAGCAGCGACGACUGGAAGCAUCUGUUGCUCCGCAAAGCCUAUGACAACGUCUUGGAAAAUAUCAGGACGCAAGAGCACGAUAGCGUAGCGAUGAAGGCUCUCACUUUCGACCACGGACGGCCGGGCAAAGACAAGAUACAUGGGCCUGCAUACAUCGUCUCCGCAUGCGGAGGAUUGAUCGUGCUCGAUGAAACGACUCGAACCGUUCGCUUGAGCCAUCACGCAGCACGGGAAUACUUCGGAGGAGUCGAAAAGACCUGUUUCCCGAAUGCCCAUUACGAAAUUAGUGCCGUCUGUGCUGCGUAUAUGAUUCUGUUCGGGCAUUCGGAACGUGGAUCUUGGAUCGGCACGCCCUAUAUCGGUGGUGUAUCCUACAAACGUGCGUCCUACGACGACGCUAAAAUUGCGAUAGAGCUUCUGGGAUACGACCAAGAUUAUUGGUGCGAGCAUGUUCACCAGUCCGACGCCGCUGCUCUUCAUGACAAAGGUCAAGAGUUGCUCUAUCAGAAGUCUACCGCCACAAGUCUAGCCGGUAUCGAGGCUUGCAGUGAAGCAAGCCCCUCACUUGUGGUGGCAGCCCUGGGGAUCGAUAUCGCAGUUGAUCUGAAGAUUGGACUUACAUCUGACCCCCAAACUGUUCUUUCUCACGCCGUCGAGCGUAACAUUGAGGUUAUCGUCGACGAUAUUCUCGAUAAGAAGGCACACGUCCUCGAAGAAUUACCUGUCAAAGUUACUAUGUACAGUACAUACCACGACACAUCCCGUUUGGACGUUCUUGAGGGUGCUGUGGUCCAGGGGAACUCUCGCAUCAUGGAGAAGGUGUUCAGACAAGCACCGGACUUUGACUUCAAAUCAAAUGAGGGGCGCUAUCUGAUCUGCAAAGCUGCGUACUUUGCCUCUCUGAGUGGUCUCGAAUUCUUUAUCCUCAAUGGAGCGGAGGCGAACGGCGCAGAUACAACCGGAAGAACAUCACUAUCCUACGUUGUAGAGACGCUAAACCUCCUGGAUCCCAAUGGCAUACGCCUCCGCCCUGUUAACAUAUACACGCGUCAUUUGAAAAGAAACAGCACUCGUAAUGAGCGGACGUUCUUGAAACAAGCUCUAGAGAGCGCGCAACUGCUGAUUGAGAAUGGGGCACGGGUUGAUCUCAGCGACAAACAUGGACGCACCGCCUUGUCAUAUGCCGGCCAUAGUCCAGAGUACGCAAGUUUGUGCCUGAAACGAAAGGCCAGCGUAAAUUCACAGGACGUCAUCAAAAGGACGCCUCUUUCCCAUGCUUCUCAAGCCGACAGUGGAGACGGUUCAGUAGUUGAGAUGCUCCUCACUGCUCAGACAUGAAGCUGAAUCAAAUUCGAGGAUGUUGCGGGAAGAAACCCCCAGUGGUUCGCGUUUCAAGCCCAAUCGUCGGCUGACAUCAGUCGCCUCAUAUACUCCUGCAAGAUUCGUCCUUAGUAAUUUCCAAGGAUGUGUUUGGGAAGAAUGUCAUCGCCAUGUCAGUCGUAAGUGUAUUGAUCGCUGACACAGAUCGCAUUCCUUCAUAAUUUGAAGAACUGCUUCGGUUCAAUGCAACCCCAUCAGAAAAACAAGAUAUUCUGAAGCAACCACUACUUCUGGCGGUCAAAUUCGGCCAAAAGAAAGUCUAUGAGCGGCUUCUGAAGAAGGCGAUCUCAAUCGGAUAUCAAGUACCCCUACAACUCGACCGUUU